AUGUCAGAAGCCGCCAGCCCAGUAGAGCUCCGGCGCGGCGCACCACCCACACCCGCCGCCCUACACACAGACAGGCACCAAGACCUCUACCCAGACCCCAACGCGCGCCUCGAACGCGAAGAUCCGCACGGCCUAGGCGAGACUCCCGAACAACACGCCGCCCAUGCCUCCAUCGCAACCAAGAAACUCUGGGGACUGGAUCGCCGGCAGGAAACGUACCUCUUCUACUUCUGGAUGAUCGUGUCCCUGUGCUGUGAGAUCACAGCCGCGGUACUGGGCUGGCGGUACCAUACCUGGAGCUAUCCUUUUAUUGGAGUGAUGACAGGGUUCAUGGUGACGUAUUGGGCGGCCUGGUUCCAGACUGCGACGGGGAUGGUGCAGCGGGCGAGCUGGAUCCGGGAGGAGGCGGAUUUGGCUACGAGGAGGCAAUUCCUGUAUUUGGCUGUGCGACUGAAUAGGUUGAUGCUUCCAGCGGCACUGGUCGGUCUGGCAACGUUCAUCCCAGCUUACGUCCAGCGCCACAAACAUCCUCACGAUCUCCCAUACUGGCUUCUCUUCCUCCUGACUUUCAUCUGGAAUGCUGUCUUCUCCGUCAUGAACGCCUACAACAACAUCACCUGGGAAUCAGAUCGCAUGAAGUACGAGGACGGCGAACAGCCCUUCCGGAUUGGCAAGCUGGCUAUCCUUGGCAUACCGAGUCCGAAGCAAAAGAACACGAACGGCAAAGAGAGAGAAGGGAAGGAAAUCUGA